CCCGACCCGACCCUAACCGACUCUUUCUUCUUCCAACUACAGUCUACAGCUCGAGGGAUUGUUGCCGCCAUGGCCGCGACUCUUCUAAUAUCCCCGCUGGUUCCCCGCCAAUUCCUUGUAACCCUCAGCCGAGCGCCGCUUCGAGGACGAGAAACCUUUUCCCUCUAUCAGCGCACCGGCCGGCUUCUCCGAAUCCGCGCGACUCAAGAAACCACUGAGAAGGAGAAGGAGACGGAGACCACGUCUUCGGCCGAAGAGAUCACAGAGAAGUACGGCCUCGAGUUCGGCCUAUGGAAGAUAUUUAGAUCUAAGGAGGGAGAAAAGGGAGCCGAUGGAGUUGUGAAGGAGAAAUCGAAGGCAGAUCAAGCAAAGGAGCUACUUGCAAAGUAUGGAGGAGCGUACCUGGCGACGUCCAUCACUCUAUCGCUCAUCUCCUUUUCCCUCUGCUAUCUCCUGGUCAGUGCCGGUAUCGACGUCCAAGCUCUGCUCAGCAAGGUUGGCAUUGCUGCGGAUGAGACCGGGGAGAAGGUGGGAACUUUCGCGCUCGCCUACGCCGCGCACAAGGCGGCAUCGCCAAUCAGAUUUCCCCCCACCGUCGCUCUCACGCCUAUUGUCGCUGGCUGGAUAGGGAAGAAGGCGGCCGAGAAGGACGAUAAGUGAUUACUCCUUAGAUAGGGCCUCCGUGUUUUUCUUUUUUGGCCGCUUGGAAGGAUUGUGAAUUGUGAAGCUUGAAAGGACCAAUUCCUGUAGAUUUUACACAGAGUGAAUAAUAAUACAACGUAGUUUGGAUCUUUGAUGCUUA